AUGAUUGAGAGGGGUACAAAUGGUGGCAAAAGCAUGUCCAUAACUGACUUGGAGAAGCUUCCAUGCUAUGAUUAUGUUGCCAAAGACAAUACAAGCAGCCCUGUGGAUUGUGCAGUUUGCUUGGAGAACCUCAUUACAGGUGAUAAGUGCAGACUGUUACCUAUGUGCAAGCACAGUUUUCAUGCUCGAAGUGUGGACACAUGGCUUCUAAAGACGCCCAUUUGUCCAAUUUGCCGGUCUAAUGCUGCUUCUCAUAGUGAAGACCAAGUUAUAGGUAUCAGUGAGUACUUUAUUGAACCAAUCAGCGGGUCUAGGGAGAGCCUAGAAAGAGGUCCAUCCAGGAAUGUUGACAUAGAAUUGAUACAAAAUCCAACCUUAAGGCUGAGCUAA